AUGGCCCAGCAGCAGGCUUCUUGUCGCGGUGUUCAGCCUGUUUUGCUCCUUGCUGAGGCUAUACCGGCCCCGAGUUUCCAGCCACAGGCAACUACUCCAGCUUCAUCGCCACCACCACCUUCUCCUGUCCUGGCAGCACCGGCCCAAGCACCCUCUGCGCCUGUGCCGUUGACUGUUGAACAUGUCCCUCAGCGCGACCUGAUCUUAUCCCUUCGUCAAGACCAGGCCCAGCUGACUGGCUCAGCCAGUUCCUCUCGUCCUGUUCCAUCAGCACCAACAGUGACUCCAGCACAGCUGCCACAGGCCUCUACGCCCUCAUCGUCAUCACCUGCCGGUGAGUUACAGCUUCAUCGCCUGUUCCCUUGGAUCUCUCCUGAAGUCGCUCAGUUGGUCUAUGACAACCGUCUUCCACCUCACAACCUUGGCAAGCUUCGUCGUGCCAGCAAGUCUCGUGCUGAGCCUGACACCGCCUCUGGCAUCUUAGUCAAUGGCAUCCGAGUCCAGCCAGCCCUCCCUUCAUCCGACACACCGGACGUCAAGAGGUUCCUGCGCCAAAUCCCAGAUGUGUGCACCUUCGCUCAGGCUUGGACAGCCUACACGGCCCUCCGUUGCGCCAGCACCAGCGAUUCCGACCUCUGUGCCAGCCUCAGUUCUUUCCUCGUAGCAGUCAUUGACCACGAUACCAGGUGGCACUGGCCGGCCAUAGCUGAGUACGUCCUCACUGUCUGUGAGCAUCGUUUUGGCUAUGCUUCAGCCGGUGACUGGGCCAUCGACGAUCUCAGUGCUUGGCAGAAAGCCCUGGGAGGCAUACCCCACCAUGACGUGUCGACCUCCAAAUCACCAGCCAAGCCUUCAACAGCAGCAUCUUCCACCGAUGUCCCAGCCUCAUCGUCCACCAAGUGCCAGCACCAUGACCUCAGCGGGCAGACUCAGGUCCAGCUUGUCGACACUGUCGUCGACGACAUGUCUCCGCGACAGACUCAGGUCCGGCAUCUCACCUCGGUCCCGGCAGCCCUCGAUGUUCCAUCAGCUGACUGGUGUCUUUCACUUCUGUUCGACCUGCGCCAGCAUCUUCCUCCCGUCUGCCCCAACACCACACUCGAGCUUGAUGCAUUUGACCCCACCACGUCACCUGCCCGCAUCGGCUCCAUGCAGCUCCAGUUGCCGGCGUGGGAGCGCCUUCUUCUGGACUACCCAGACAAGUGCUACUGCAUGCAGAUGGCUGGCAUGAUUCAACAUGGCUGUCUCCUUGGCUAUGAUGGCCCUCUCUGUCAGGCCAAUCACCGCAUUGCCAACCUGCCCAUCGAUGCCGACGGCCAUGCUCACCUUCGCCAUGAGAUUACCACUCGCCUCGCUGAGGGUCGGCUCACUGUGGUACCGGCCACCUCAGCCCUCGUCGAGUCACCGAUUGGUGUCAUUCCCAAGCCUCGCUCUGUCAAGCUCCGCACCAUCCACCACCUAUCCCACCCCCAGCACCCAGCAUCCUUGGCUCUUUCAUCGGUCAAUGCCAGCAUCAAUCCUUCCUUCGUCCGCAUCCAGUACGAGUCCGUCCACCAGCUCGUCGACUUUGUGCGGUCCAACCCUAACUGCCUCCUCUGGAAAGGUGAUCUAGAGGACGCUUUUUGCCACGUUGUGAUGGCAGAGUCUGAUGCAUACCUUCUCAGUUUCCAGUAUGACGGCGUCUGCUACUGCGAGAAUGCCCUCACCUUUGGUGGCAGCAGCUCGCCAUUCCUGUUCAACCUGGUGGCCGAGUUCCUCCAUUGGGUCGUUGCCUCUUGCCUGCCCAACACGUGGCCAGUCAACCACUACCUGGAUGACACCUUUGGCACCGUUCCGGCCGAGGCUGCCCACCUGGCCCUCCUUCCGGUCCACACCCUAGCCCUGGCCUCCACUGCCCUUGGCCUCCGCCUGUUGGUCAAAAAGACUUUCACCAACCUCACGCACCUCGAGGUCCUUGGCAUCGACAUCGACUCUGCAGCUCAAACCGUUGGCAUUACUUCGGAAUCUGUACUCACCGCCGGCACUCUGCUGGUUGCUGGCGCAUACCCAGACCGGCCCUUGCCAAGCUCGCCUGGUGGCUAUGGCGCCCACUUGGGACUGGCUGCCGACACCAUGGCUGUCUUCUUGCAUGAGGUCCCGCGCCGACACUGCAAGAAGAACAUCCAGUUCUUGGAGGCCUUGGCCGUCCUGGAAGUGCUCCAUCUCUUUGCUCCCCUCUGGUCAUCUCCUUUGAUGGUGGUUGUCCACGUUGACAAUGAGAACAUCGAGCACGGUCUCCGUUCCGGCAGCUCACACGACCCACUCACGCAGAAGCUGCUUCGGGAGAUCUUUGGGUUCUGCUUCACCCACAACUUCACUCUACACCCUCCAGUUGUCCUUCCGCCAGGGACACAUCGACCAGCCGGCCAACCCCCUCCCACCUUCGCAUCCAGCAUGGGGAUCACUUUGGUGGCAGCUACCUUGCUCUGGAAUGGCCUUGCGCCCAGCACUCGAGACCGUGCUGGUGGUACCGUCACCGCUUUCCGAACCUUCUGCGCCUGGCACUUUGGUGCCAACAUUGCUUGUCUGCCUGCCACCAGUGUCCAGCUCCUCGAGUGGCUUGGCAGCAUGUCCUCCACCAGCCGUUCAUACCACUCCACCAAGCACGAGCUCAGCCACCUCCACUCCCACCACGUCGACCUUGGCCUCAGCCUGGCCGGCUUUGAGUGUGGCCAUCUCGAGUGGGCUCUGUGCGGCUACAAGCAUGUCCACGGUGCUCGGUGCACCGGCGCCAAGCUCCCCAUCACGUUGCCCCUCCUUCGCUGCCUUGUCGCUGCUGUCGAUACCUUUGGCGACCUCUCUGCGCGCGAUCGUGCCAUGUUCAAGGUGGCAUUCACCCUCUCCUUUGCCUGUUUCCUGCGCUCGGGUGAGGUCGUCUGGGACCGGCACACCGACCCAGCCAUCGUCCUUCGUGUUGGCAGUGUCAAAUUGGCCGCCGACCACGCUGUCGUCACCUUGCCGGCAUCCAAGAUGGACCCCUUCUGCCUCGGCGUCAAGGUCGUCGCCCCUCUUGUCGGUGGCCCGGAAUGCCCAAUCACCCACCUUUGCUGCCUGCUCUCUGGUCAUCCCUCUUCUGCCCCCCUCUUUGGCCUCGGCCCGUCUGGGGCAGACCCCCUCCCGUGCUCGUCAUUCAUUGCUGUCCUUCAGCAUGCCAUCGCCUUCACUGGCCUGGCACCGUCAGCCUAUGCCAGCCAUUCCUUUCGACGUGGCACCGCCACGUGGGCGGCCCACCUUGGCGCCAGCCCCAAGACCAUCCAGUGCCUCGGCCAUUGGAAUUCUGACUGUUUCCGGCACUAUGUUGACUGCUCUGCCGGCGAACGCCGUGACCUCUCCGUUGCUGCCCUCUUCAGCAUUCAUGAUGGCCCCCUCGUCCCCGACAGCACCUCGUGGCAAGAUGUGGGGGCCACCUAG